AUGCUAAACCCUAGGGCCAUAUCAUUGAUUGUGUUGUCCCUCCUGGGUUCAACCUAUGCCGAAGAUUACGAAUGUGUCGGUACAUUUAUCUUUGGUCGCCACAAUGACAGACCUGCCAAACCCACAAACCAGCAAACUCCACUAGGAGCUGAAGCUCAACUGAAGAAUGGAGCUCUUUUCAGGGAAAGAUAUUAUGGACUCACUUACGAUAACGAACCUGUGGACUCUGAAUAUAAGAUUGAAAAAUUGAACGAUGAAGGAUUUUACCAAGCUUCUCAGUACUAUGGACAAGCUCCAUACUCAGGUACCAUCGCCAAAUCCCAUAUGGCUUUCCUUCAAGGAUUGUUUCCUGCAACUGAUGGCCCUUUGAGCAACGAACUGCUGAUUCAAAGCACUGAAUCCGAUUUGGACAAUGGGACUGUUAUGGAAUAUCCUUUGAAUGGCUACCAAUACGUCAUGAUGGAUUUCCAAGACCCCAAUGCUCCCAAUAAUUUCAUUAUUAAGGGUGACGUUAACUGUGCAAACUCAGAUUCAGCAAUUGCAGCUGCAUAUAAGACUGAAGAGUUUCAGAACCUCAAUGAUACCACUUUUGACUUUUACCAGUCAUUGAGAGAUGUUCUACCCGAGGAAGACAUUGCUACUUCGUUUUUGAAUUUCGGUAAUGCUAUGGAUAUUUUCGAUUACAUGAACGUCAACUGGAUUCACAACAGCACUUUACAUGACCAAUGGAAUAUCACUCUCCUGGACGAAGUAAGACUUUUAUCAAACCAGUUUCAAUGGCUCAUAUCUUACAAUGAGACAGAUGUAACUGGAGACAUUUCUAUUGGAGGCCAAUCUAUUUUGGGAGGUGUUUGGACAUACCUAAACACUACCAAGGAGGCACAAUCUCCUCUGAUAAACUACUUCACAGGCUCUUUCAAUACAAUGUUUCAAUUGAAUGGUUUGCUUCAAUUGGACAAACUAUCUGCCAACUUUACUGGAAUGCCAGACUACGGAGCCACCUACAUAUUUGAUCUGAUGCAGGACACAUCCGAUAACUACUUCGUGCAAUUUUCUUUCAAAAAUGGAACUGAUUCCUGGGAUCAGUUUACUGUAUACCCAAUCUUUGGAUCUGAAGAUACAAUGAUGUCAUGGGACGAUUUCUCCGAGAACAUCAAGCAGUAUUCCAUCUUAACUUUGAGCGAUUGGUGUGACAGAUGUAAUGCAGGCGUGGAGCAAUCUUCCAAAUAUCCAUCGGUGUGUGUUCCCUACUCUUCUACUUAUAAGGCUGCAAAAGAACUUCAAAGUAACGGGGUUGACCUUGAAAGUAUCCUGUCCGGUGAUUACUCGUCUUUGGACAUCCAGGAUAGCCAUCACUCCAAGCUUUCCAAUGCCGCUGCAGGUGGAAUUGGUGCAGGUGUAACCAUCGGUACAAUGUUGGUCCUUGGCGCAUUGUUUUUGGUGUUCAAAAGGGUCACCAGGUCCAAGAAGAACAACGUUCCUAUUGCGACAUCUUCGGAAAGUGCCAGUUCUGAUUCCUUGGCUGAAAAGUCAGUCUAA